GCAACCUAAACAACACUCCCCCAAGGCGGCCCUCCAAUACCCCUGGGGUGGUAAACGAAGUACCGGAACCAAAACCUCUGGCCCACGGAGCUCGACGAGCUCGUUUGAACGAAACACCGGGCUCUUUGUGCCGGGAGGCGGGACCGAGAGCGCUGCAGUCGCGGGAAAUGAAGGCGCUGGCGUUAUAGAGCCCAACAUGGAGUGCGUGAUUCUGGAUGCGCUCGAGGCGUUAGGAUACAAAGGCCCCCUUCUGGAUGAAGAAGCUCUUAAUAAAGCAGCAGAAUGUGGUCUGGCUUCUGAAGAUUUUUGUGAGCUUUGUGUUUGGCUAAGUUCCAGAAUACAGCCAUUAUGUAACCUGGAAGAAAGCAUCUCCUCAACAGCUGGUGGUGAAGAUCUUGAAAGUUUACAACUAGAAAUGAGUGGCUUUUUAAAAGAACUGGCUUGUCCAUAUUCCACACUUGUGUCCGGAGAAAUUAAAGACCGGUUAAAAAACAAAGAAGACUGUCUUAAAGUCUUGUUAUUUUUAAGCACAGAACUUCAGGCUUUGCAGAUACUACAGUUUAAACAAUGUAAAGGUUCCCAUUUGGCAAAGAAUGAUGAAGUUCAUCAGGAAAUCCAGAUGAUCUGUGAUGUUUUAGGGGUACCAAAAUCAUCAGCAUCUUCUGACUUUUAUUCUCUCCCUGUCUCAUUAAACAAUAUAGAAUCAAAGCUUAAGGAUGUUUUGUCAAAAGUUCCAAAAGCAUACAUGGAGAAACCUCUGCUGAAAACUCCCUUGAAUACACAGCAAAUGAAGCAGUUGGAAAAAAUCAAUGAGGCUCUUCUCACUGAAUAUGAGUGCCGCAGGCGGAUGUUAAUGAAGCGUUUAGAUGUAACUGUACAGUCUUUUGGGUGGUCUGAUAGAGCUAAGGUGAAAACAGAUGAUAUUGCAAGGAUUUAUCAACCCAAACGUUACGGAUUGACUUCUAAAUCAACAAUUUCAAUAGCUCAUCUUCUAGCUGCUCGUGAAGAUUUGUCAAAGAUCACAAGAACAAGCAGUGGAUCUACGCGGGAAAAGACUAUUUGUGCAAUCAAUAAGGUCUUGAUGGGAAGAGUACCAGAUCGUGGCGGAAGACCAACAGAAAUUGAUCCACCGCCUCCUGAAAUGCCCCCAUGGCAGAAGAGACAGGAUGGGGGUGGUAGAGGAGGAAGGGGAGGUUGGGGAGGAGAUGGUGGAAGAGGAAGAGGCGGAGGAAAUAGAGGCGGUGGUGGGUGGGGUGGGGAGGGUGGAAGGGGUGGAUGGGGUGGGAGUGGUAGAGGAGGGGGUGGGGGUGGCUGGAGGGGAGGGGGUGGAUAUCAAGGGAGGGGUGAUUAUAGUGGGAGAGGAGGGUAUGGGGAGUCAUAUGGUAGAAGGGGAGGUGGCUAUAGAAAAUACUGACAUGUUAAUGUUGACCGACAUGCAUACUGUGAGACCAAGAUCUCGGAAUACAUUAUCGCUGAUGGGCAAAUGUGAUGCUUAAACUGCAUUGAUCUUUCUUACUGAUGAAUCCUGGUUGUUCCAUUCAUUCAAAACCACCUUAUACAAAAUUACUUUUCACUGCAGGAAUGACUUCUGUCUAUCCAAGCAUAUGUACUCACACAUUUGUCAUUAUCAGCAAUAUAUACAUGAAUAUACAUGGAAGCAAUGACUGAUGGAAAACCUUUGGGUUGCAAAUACACAACAAAAUUGUUAUGUACAAGUUUGAUGUAUAAAUCUGAUGCUAAACUUGCAGGGUAUGUGGUGUUUUCUGUGCAAAACCCAUCUCUCUCUUAAAAGUGUGUAAUGUCCUUAAUUAUUUUGGCUCAGUUCUUUUUAGUUUCUUUGUUUUACAUUAUUGUUCAUCAGGAUUUUUAUUUAUUUAACAAGGCUGCUGAAAAAGAUACGACCCUGAAAUUGAUAUAUGUCCUAUCCAACCUUUCUGGUAUUGGCAACAUACCAAGCAAUUAAAGAAGCAACAUUGGAUUUAGCUUACUGAAGGUACAUAAGGCACUUCAAUCAAUAUAGUCUGCUAGGAUCAGUACUGGUGUUCUGAUGGGAAUGUUCAGGCGAUAAUGCUCUGAUUUAAUUCCUGAGGACACAUAGAAUAUUUAAAUAGCUUCAUAGAAUGUAUUAUGUAUCCCAUUACCACUCAAUUUUUCUGAAAGAAAGGCCAAAGCAGACUUUCUUGAACAAAAGUGUUUUCUUUAGUUCUUGGUUUAGCCAAAGAUUAUGGUACAUGUGCCUGUUGAAGUAUAUAGCUUAGCAGAAACAGGAAUCUUUUGACUGAUUAAUGGAGCAGCUAUUUCGCACAUUUUUUCUGAUCUUAGUUGACUGCCAUGUUUCUUACAAUUCUGCCUGUUAAUUUUUUUUUUAGAUUUUAAGUUCAUUGUUCUCAUGUGCCGAUUAUGUGUGCCUGUGUUUCUCAACUUUUGACAACUUUAAGAAGUUGGAUUUCAACUCCCAUGCUGACUAUGGAUCUCUGCAAGUUGAUGUGUAUGCAUCUUAAAAUUGCCAAGGUUGACAAAUACUGAUGCACACUAAGGUAUUAUUCCAGAAAUUAUAUGGUAUAGAGUAUUUUAUUUUAGCUGAUCAUAAAAUGAAAAGCAAGACAAACUGUUCUCCUGAGCCAAAAGUGAAAAGAGAUUAUUUUUAACUAGUUAAACCUGUAAUUGUUUAAUAUUUCCUGACCAUACCAAAUCAGAAAAAACAUUUCAAACUAAGUUAAGGAUGAAUAAUAAUUUCUGGUAAUUGUAUGCCUGUAAUUUUGACAACCUCUAACAAUGCAAUAAACAUUCAAUAUCUUU